AUGAGGAAUAGAGAUUGUGUACUAUGCAAAAAGGCAAAAGAGAGUAUGGAGCAUUUGUUCAUCCAAUGUCACUAUGCUGAAGAAGUAUGGGACAGGCUGCUAAGGUGGAUUAAUGUACAUAGCAACAUGCCAAAGUCUUUGACAGAGUUUAAUCAAUGGUGUGUUAAAAAUGGGAAAGGGAAGACUGUUAGAGCUCAAAUAUUCAAAGGGGUACUUGCAGAAGGAGUCUAUGGAGUGUGGAGUGAAAGAAACAAGAGAAUUUUUGAGGAAAAGAGUAGCUUGAUUGAUGAAGUUGUUAAGAGGAUAGCUUAUGUAACUACAGCUAGAUUUCCCAAUAGUCAUAUCAAUGUUAUUAAACAUAGGAAGAUUUGA